CAGGGGUACAGAGGUGUUGUAUGUGGGGUUUUGGGGGGCUCCAAAUCCAUACCCAUCGUGCCAAAUCCUGUCACCAUCGUGCCUAAUCCUGUUCCCAUCGUGCCAAACUCCGUCCCCAUCGUGCCAAACUGUCCCCAUCGUGCCAAGUCCUGUCCCCAUCGUGCCUAACUUUGUCCCCAUCGUGCCAAAUCCUGUCAUCAUCGUGCCAAAUCCUGUCACCAUAGUGCCAACUUUGUCCCUAUCGUGCCAAAUUCUGUCACCAUCGUGCCAAAUCCUGUCACCAUCGUGCCUAACUUUGUCCCCAUCGUGCCAAACUCCGUCCCCAUCGUGCCAAAUCCUGUCCCCAUCGUGCCAAAUCCUGUCACCAUAGUGCCAACUUUGUCCCCAUCGUGCCAAAUCCUGUCCCCAUCGUGCCAAAUCCUGUCACCAUAGUGCCAAACUGUCCCCAUCGUGCCAAAUCCUGUCCCCAUCGUGCCAAACUGUCCCCAUCGUGCCAAUCCUUCUGUCCCCAUCCAGCCCGUAACAGCCACGGGCUCACCUGAGAGGGGCGGGGACCUGCCCUAUUCUGCUCCAUAUUAAUGAGCCCUUCCUCCUCCUCCUCCUCCUCCUCCUCCUCCUCCUCCUCCUCUUUCCCCUGCCGGUGUCCCGGAGCGCUGCCCGGUGCCAGCCGCGCUCGGUGCCAGCCCGGCUCGCCAUGGCCCGUGUCCCCCUGGCCCGUGUCACCCUCGUGUCGCAGCUCUGGCUCCUGCUCCAAACCUCCUGCCUCUGCCUGGCCCAGCUCCGAGGGCCACCAGGAGAACCUGGCCCACGAGGGCCCCCCGGUCCCCCAGGAGUGCCAGGAGCCGAUGGCAUCGACGGUGACAAAGGCCCUGUAGGAUCUGCCGGCUCCCCGGGUGUCAAGGGCGAGCCUGGAGCUCCUGGUCCGGAUGGAGCCCCAGGGAAGCCGGGCAUUGAUGGCCUGACGGGAGCCAAAGGGGAGCCAGGACCCAUUGGCAGGCCAGGAGUCAAAGGCCAGCCCGGACUCCCAGGGCCACCAGGGCUCCCUGGUCCUUCACUGCCAGGACCCCCCGGGCUUCCAGGCCAGGUUGGACUUCCCGGGGAGAUCGGAGUGCUGGGACCCAAGGGUGACCCCGGACCCGACGGCCCGAGGGGUCCCCCAGGUCCUCCAGGGAAACCUGGCCUCCCAGGACACCUCCAAGGCCUGGAAGGCAGCGCUGAUUUCCUGUGCCCCACCAGCUGCCCCCCAGGCCCCAAGGGCCCCCAGGGACUGCAAGGAUUGAAGGGACACAGAGGCCGCCCCGGCGCCCUCGGAGAGCCCGGCAAGCAGGGAGAGCCGGGCCCCAAGGGGGACGUCGGUGCCUCUGGAGAACAAGGAGUCCCAGGCCCUCCGGGACCUCAGGGCCUCAGGGGCUAUCCUGGCAUGGCAGGACCCAAGGGGGAGACGGGCCCUGCUGGCUACAAGGGCAUGGUCGGGAGCAUCGGAGCCGCCGGGCGGCCGGGCAGGGAAGGCCCCAAGGGACCACCUGGGGACGCUGGUGACAAGGGGGAGCUGGGCGGCCGUGGCAUCAGGGGACCCCAGGGUGACAUCGGCCCCAAGGGGGAGAAUGGUCUCCCGGGCAUCGAUGGCAAGGAUGGCACCCCAGGGAUCCCAGGAGUGAAGGGUGGCACGGGACAGGCGGGACGCCCGGGAACGCCGGGACACCGGGGACAAGCUGGAUUGCCGGGCCAGCCGGGAAACAAAGGUGGCCCGGGUGACAAGGGUGAAUUGGGUCCUCGGGGCCACCCCGGUGUCACCGGUGCCCCAGGACAGCUUGGCGAGCCGGGACCUCGGGGCGAGCAGGGCCCGCAGGGUGUCCCCGGGCCGAAGGGUGACAGGGGCGAGCGGGGCCUCGUGGGGCCCCCCGGCGAGCAGGGCAGAGCGGGGCCAAAGGGUGAGCAGGGCCCAGCAGGCGUCCCAGGACCCCAAGGCUUGCCUGGAGUCAAAGGAGACAAGGGCUCUCCAGGGAAAACCGGCCCCAAAGGCAGCGUUGGAGAUCCCGGUGUCCACGGCCUGGCAGGGCUCAAGGGAGAGAAGGGGGAGUCAGGAGAGCCAGGACCCAAGGGACAGCAAGGCAUCCAGGGCGACCUCGGCUUCCCCGGCCCCUCGGGGGAUGCAGGAGCACCGGGAAUUCGGGGCUAUCCCGGCCCUCCCGGCCCUCGGGGGCUGGUGGGGGAGCGCGGAGUGCCGGGAAUGCCGGGCCCUCGGGGCACAGCCGGCCGGGACGCUGGGGACCAGCACAUCGUGGACGUGGUGCUGAAGAUGCUGCAAGAGCAGCUGGCAGAGGUGGCCGUGAGCUCCAGGAGAGCCGCCCUGGGCGGGGUCGGGGCCGUGGGACCCCCCGGCCCCCCCGGCCCCCCAGGGCCCCCCGGUGAGCAGGGUCCCCACGGCCCCCUGGGAGCCCGAGGUGUCCCCGGAAUCCUGGGAGCCGCCGGGCAGGUCGGGAAUGUCGGACCCAAAGGGAAGAGAGGAGAGAAGGGCGAGCGGGGAGAGGUUGGCCGUGGCCACCCGGGAAUGCCAGGUCCUCCAGGGAUCCCAGGUCUCCCGGGCCGCCCUGGGCACGCCGAGGAUGGCAAGGCGGGCGAGCGGGGCCCGCCGGGCACGCCGGGGUCACCGGGUGCGCCGGGCGCCGCGGGGCCGCCGGGGCUGCCGGGGCUCUGCGAGGCGGCCGCGUGCCUGGGCGCCUCGGCCUACGCCGCCAGCGCCAAGGGCCCCCCGUUCUGAGGGGAGAAAUCCCUUCCCCAGCCACCCCAACGCUGCAAUCCCGCCGGGAAGCGCUUCCAGCCUUUCCCCGUUUUUUGGGAAUGUUUUUCGGUCAACUUUGAAAAGUUGGGUUUGGGAUAAAGGGUGUGUGCAACGCCUCGAAUUCCUCGACCCCUCACGUCUUGUUUCCAUCCGUGAGGGGUCGAAUCUGCUCCCUGUGCCCUUCCCCCAAAUAUAAAAUUCAUUCUGAUUUUUAUUUUUUAAUUCCCUGUGAUGUUUGAAGGAGCUGGUGGAAAUUCCCUUUUUAGCCAUCCCUUUCCCCUUUUAAAUUGGAAUUUUUAAAGCCCACCCAAAUCAAAUUCAUGGUUUGAUUAUUUAUGACAAUCCCCAGCUCCGACUUGGUCGCGCCCAGAGCUGUAAAUCUUUGUAAAAUAGGGAUAUUUUGUAAUUGUGACGAGGAAAACACCAACUUUUGGAAAAACUGGAUAAUAAAACCAAGCUGGAUUCUUAA